UUGUUCACAUUCUGUCCGCACAAGCAAACUUUGCGUACCACGAUAUUUGACUUGUGUCCAGAGUUGGAGAAAAGCUCGGCAAAAAGUUCAUCUUUCGAGACGCAGAUAAAGGGAGCAACAUGGCUGGUGUAGUUUUGUCGUUCUUCUCGCUUCUGGUGGGGGCAGUGCUGGUGACAAGUGUGACAUCAGAAGCGAUAAACUUCGCUUACAAGGUCGAUGUGGCUUCGGAAUCCCCCGACAAAAUCUACUUGACCCUGACAGCAACGGACGGACACAGCGACAUAACUGGGUCGAACCUGUGGAAGAUGAGUGUGUUCGUGAGUCAGAACGACGACCCAGCAAACAUCGAUGGCGCCGCGGCCUACAGUGAGCAAGCCCUGGACCAGGCCGAGCAAGACCAGGGCGUACAGCCCAACGUAGACCUGACAUUCACGGCAACACUCAAUUUUGCCUUGGCCGAUCUGGGCGGUUGCGAGCAUGACUACAAGUACGUCUGCCUGGCUUUCGGCAAAGGAGACAAGCCCGAUCCCUCGUUCGACUUGCUGCAGGGUUACAAAACCUGCCUUAAGUUGGGCAACGAAUGUCUUGGAGACGCUGACAAAGCCGUGUCAUUUGGCGGCUUCGGCUGGGGUCUAGCGGCCGACGGCACCUUCUCCAGCAACGUCAUUUUCCUUGCCUCCUCCCGCCAGAACCUGGCCGGGAACAACCUGUGGAGCCAGAGGGUGGGCUGGACCAAAGUGAACGACCCGGCAACCUCCGACUACCUGGACCUGCAGGACGUGUUGUCGGCCGCGCAGAGCAGCACCAGUCUGGUCAACGGCGGGCCCCUGAGCUUCAGUUCACCCUUCAGUUACGAUCAAUCCAAGGUGGGCUGCGGCGUGGGUCAAUACCGCUACCUCUGCGUCACCUUCGGCAAGGGGGAUAAUGCCGACCCGGACUAUGCUGUCUCACAGAGCAUGAGCAACUGUAAACUGGUGUAUACAUGUGAUGAUUUUUAGAUCCAAGAUGGCAGCAUAAUGGUAGCAACGGGCAGACGGCAAACCGAAUCCAAAUACUGGACUACAAACAUGGAUCAUACCACUACAAGUGAUACAUUAUUAUACUAGUUUCAUAACACCAGCAGUUCUUGGCAAAUUAUUCUGGAGUAAAGUAGGGGCCUACUAAAAUGAUAUUUAAUCCUUCAUACCAAUUUCCUAUCAUAUGGAGCUGCUGCUCAAAAAGAAAUGAUUUCUCAACAAAUUCACUUAAAACACAGUUUCAAGUAUUUUUUCUUUUGUAGCUAGUUGGGCAUUACUACCGUUCGGCUGUUAAUUAUUAUAUAACCUUCAUAUUUUACAGACGUUAGUUCUAGUAUAUAGUCGGCUGCUGUGGAAUGUAUAACUUUAUUUUACUAUGGAAUUUAUUGGCAUUAUUUUUUGGCUCAUACAGGAUACAUUUUGGUUUGUAGUGUUUUUUUUUCUUGACGACAUUAGCAGCUAACCUCUCACUUAAAACGUUCUUAGGAUGCAAUCGUUCAAAACAUUAUUGGCAGUAAGCUUGUUCACUAGACUUUCUCAUAAGAAGAGUACACGAUUUUCCUUUAUUUUAAUACGUUUGAUUUCCGUGUGACAUUUUCAAAGACAUGAACUACCCAAAAUGGCACAAUAGAUUUUGUUAGUAUUUGUUAAGAUAUAUCGGCUGCAUCAGCGUGGGUAGGUGGAGAACUAAUAAAUAACUUCUU